ACGAGAUGAAGUUUCCUUUGAUCGUCUCGAAUCCAAGCCUGCAGUGUGAAGUUAGGAUGAACAGUUCGAGUUCUGCUUCUCCAGAAGAGAACGCAGAAACUUCUGUUGAAAAGAUGGUCGUCCGCGAUUGGAUUUCUGCGUCUUCUGAAAAUGGAGGAAACAUGGGAAGUCUGGUGGACGAUGCUCGGAUUCUUGAUGUGGAGCUCGGAGAAGAAUCUUUCAAGGUGGAUUCUGUCCAUGAUUUUGAAAUGAUAGGUGCCGUGGAAGAUGGGAAUCAAGAAGUUGCGAUGGAUGAAGUAGAAGCGAAAGAUUUUGUAACAAUUAGUGUUCCGAGUUUUGAUGGAAAUCAAGAUUGUGCGAAGAAAGAAAUUGUUCAAGAAGUUCAGUUUUCUACUGCUAUGGAAGCCGACAGCAAAGAAGCCUUUGAGCGAACCGAGGAAUUGUUGAGGAAAGAAGCUGAUACUGAGAGCAUUCUGGAGAUGAAAAAGAAAUUACUAUUGGAAGAACUUGAAGCCUUGUUGGUUCCUGGAGAAGAGAUUCUUCUAGAAAAGGAUAAUUGCGGCAAACCGAUGCUUAUUGAUGAGGAGAAGAUUGCCGGUCAGCAAAAUGAUUCUGAGAACACGAGCGUUCUUAGACAAAGCCAUUUAUCUCUCGGAAAUUCAUUGAAGAUUGAAGUAAUAGACGAAACUGCAAUAGUUGAACCUGUUCAUGUUUCCAAAAUUGGAAAUGGAGAAGAAAUUGACAUAAUUUGUCCAACAAGGUCAAUGCAGAUCAAUGUGAGCAAAUCCCAUGAACCCGAAAGAGUGGGGAAAAAGGCUAGAAGAUCGAGGAGGAGGGCGAGGGAAGCGAAGAUCUCAGAGGUGCAUUGGAAUCUGGGGAAUAUGAAUGAACUUGAUAAGAAAAAUGCUGAAGGAAAUAAGAUAGUGUACUCAAGGAAGGAUAUGGAAGCACUGAGGUUUGUAAAUGUUUCAGAACAGAGUAGAUUGUGGGAAGCUAUAUGCAAGGAACUUAUGCCCGUUGUGGCGAGGGAAUACAGUAGCUUAACAAGCUCUAAUUACCCAAUGAAGACAGGCUCCUCCUCUGGUCCUAGGCAGCAUUUCGAGAAGGGAGAAGAAGCCUCUUCAUUUAUAAGGGAUGGCUGUUCAGAAAGCUUGGAUGCUGAGAUAGAGGACAUGGAAGGUGAUAAUGAAAUUACGAAUUUUGAAUUCCCGAAACCCUCUUGCGGUCUUAGUGUAAGUGAAGAUAGUGAAGAUGAUAGAUAUUACAACAGUAUUCAGAGACCUGCCUUUCUGGUGGAGGGAGAGCCCAAUUUUGAGUCAGGACCUCCAGAAGAUGGAUUGGAAUAUCUUAGACGUGUGAGGUGGGAAGCAUCCCAUAUUCCAAAUGUGGCGGUGGCUAAAGUUGAUAGAAGUAACUUCAAGAAAGAGCGAAGUGUUUAUAUGCCAGUGAUUCCUGCCAUUGCCAAUUGCCCCCAGAAUUUACUGCCUUCAAAAGAGUGGGAGGAUGCAUUUCUUGCCGAUUUUUCUAAGCUGCGUCAGGUUCUGUCGUGCCCCGAGGGACUUAUGCAGUCUGAUUUCAUCUUCCAUGAAAAGAUCGAUUCUGUGAGUCCAGACUCGAUCGAUCAGCCGAGCGUUGUCUUGCCUGCCAAUGAUAUCGACUCGCAGCAACCCGAGGAACCGAAUGCCAGCACUUCUUCAAAGGAAAACAGUUGCAACAACUAUCCAUCUUUAUCAGCAAUUUCAAAGAUGAACUUGGUGUUUCGUGUUUCUUCGUUGAGGAAACGUAUAAACUCGUUAGAAACACAAACAACACUCUCGAGGACGGACUGUCUUUGGCUAUUUGCGUUAAGUGCAGCAGUUGAUACUCCUCUGGAUGCAGAUACUUGUGCUUCUUUCAGGAGUCUGCUUCGGAAAUGUGCCAGUUUGCGGGCCGAGAAGUCCGAGCUCGACGACGAGGUGAUAAUGCUCAAUAUUCUAGCCACCAUUUCAGGAAGAUACUUUGGACAGUCGGAAAAUUGAAGCUAUGGUGAAGUUAAUAGUAUCGCUUAGGAGGAUAAACGUAGAUGACUCUGAUUGUUCCUUUUGUUUUGUAAGAGAUUCAUAGAUACAUACAUAUAUACAUACAUAUAUUUGAUCAUUUAUAA